AUGGAAAAAAUCCUGACCGGCCCUCAUAAACUCCCCAAGAUGGCCGCGAGAACCACCCUAGACCCCGAGCUUCAGCAUUUCCUCGCCACCACUCUCGAGGGAUCUCUCCGACUAGGCGGACCAGACUACAUCCAUGAACGUCGACACCAUACUGAGGUCCUGGGAAUCCAUGCCCUAGAACCCUCAAAGCAGGCUCCCAUCCACCGCGUGGAAUUCACCGCCAUCCGCGGUCCAUAUGGUACCAUCCCUAUCCGCGUGCUUUACCCUUCCUCGGCCACGGAGCGUCAGCAUUCCAACGAUGCAGCCGCCCUGAUUUACUUCCACGGCGGCGGAUACACGGUUGGUACGGUAGAUGAGUUCGAAAACGGACUCCGUAUUGUCGCCGAGGGAGCCGGUGUCAUUGUUUUCGCGGUUGAAUACCGACUUGCUCCUGAAUGGUCCUUCCCUGUCCAGAUAGAUGAGUAUGCGUCUGUAAUCGACUGGCUCCUCGGGUCCGGGAGCAAGGAGAGAGGCAUAAACCCCCGUCGGAUCUGUGUUGGGGGAGACAGUGCAGGAGGGAACAUGUCGGCGGCGAUAUCACUGAAGAGGCGCGAUGAGGGGAAGAACGGGGACAUCAAAGCUCAGAUUCUUCUGUAUCCUGAGGCCCGGAUACCUUUUGAUACGCUUGCUGCGGCGGAGAAUAAUUCGACCUUGUAUUUGCAGUGCAACGGCAUCUUCUCUUUUGCGCAUCAUUACCUCCCUAUUGGGGUUGCGCCGUCUCAUCCGUACGUCUCACCCGGAAUGCAACCUGUGACGAACCUCAAGGAUCUCCCUCCCGCAGCUGUAUUCACCUGUGGCUUUGACCCGCUGCGCGACGUCGGCGUCGAAUAUGCAUCCAAGCUCCAAGAGGCUAACAACAAGGUCACCUGGAGGCAUCAUGCGAACUUAACGCAUGGCUUUCUGCAAUUCGCGCCGUGGUGUGAUGAGGCCAUGAAGGCAACAAAGCAGGUUGCUGCAACUCUGCGCGACUUCGCUUAUGAUUGA